AUUGUUAGUCGGAGCCGGGGUGGUUCUGGGUACUCACAGCCGAGGGAGCAGGAGCCGCCCGCUCCCCGCCGCCGGCCGGCCCGCCCGCCCUCCCUCCCUCCCUUCCUUCCCCCGCCGCCCUCGGAGCUCUUGGACCCGUGGCCACGGCUCCCAGGGCUCGCCUCCCCUUCCCUCCCUCCCUCCCCAUCCCGGGCCUGGGCGGCGGCGGCAGCGGGGGCGGCGGAGACCUUCGCGGGAAGCGAAGGCGACGGCGGGGUCGGGCCGAAUCUUCAUGAACCUGUCUAGCUGGUGGUGAAUGGGGGCUUUAGGGCCUUUAUAGUGGACUCCUCAAGGAAGUCCCUUCAAGACCAAUGGAUGCAUUCACGAGCUCGAGUCUCAAGAGAAAGUUUGAAGAUGUGGAUGUGGGCUCUUCCAUUUCUAACUCAGAUGAUGAGAUCUCCAGCAGUGACAGUGCUGACAGCUGUGACAGCCUUAACCCUCCAAGCACUGCCGGCUUCACACCCACAUCUAUCCUGAAGCGGCAGAAACAACUCCGGAGGAAGAAUGUACGCUUUGAUCAGGUGACCGUGUACUACUUUGCCAGGCGCCAGGGCUUCACCAGUGUGCCCAGCCAAGGCGGGAGUUCUCUGGGCAUGGCCCAGCGCCACAAUUCUGUGAGAAGCUACACGCUCUGUGAGUUUGCUCAGGAGCAGGAGGUCAACCACCGGGAGAUCCUCCGUGAGCACCUGAAAGAGGAGAAGCUUCAUGCCAAGAAAAUGAAGCUGACCAAGAAUGGCACUGUGGAGUCGGUGGAGGCUGAUGGCCUGACGCUAGAUGACGUGUCAGAUGAGGACAUUGAUGUGGAGAAUGUAGAAGUGGAUGAUUACUUCUUCCUGCAGCCUCUGCCCACCAAGAGGCGCCGGGCCCUGCUACGGGCCUCUGGUGUCCACCGCAUCGACGCUGAGGAGAAGCAAGAGCUUCGGGCCAUCCGACUUUCACGGGAGGAGUGUGGCUGUGACUGCCGGCUGUACUGCGACCCAGAGGCAUGUGCCUGUAGCCAGGCUGGGAUCAAAUGCCAGGUGGAUCGCAUGUCCUUUCCAUGUGGCUGUUCCCGGGACGGUUGUGGAAACAUGGUGGGGCGUAUUGAAUUUAAUCCAAUCCGGGUCCGGACUCAUUACCUGCACACCAUCAUGAAAUUGGAGCUGGAGAACAAGCGACAGGUGAGCCGUCCAGCAGCCCCAGAAGAGGAGCUCCCCCCGGCAUCCAGUGGCGACCUACCAGGCACUCAAGACUCAGAGACACAGGACUUUCAGGAGUUCAUUGCUGAAAACGAGACGGCAGUGAUGCACUUACAGAGUGCUGAGGAGCUGGAGAGGCUGAAAGCAGAAGACUCCAAUGGCUCCAGUGCCAGCCUGGACUCUAGUAUUGAGAGCCUAGGUGUGUGUAUCUUAGAGGAGCCCCUUUCAGUUCCUGAAGAGCUGUGCCCAGGCCUUACUGCCCCCAUCCUCAUCCAAGCUCAGCUUCCCCCAGGCUCUUCUGUCUUAUGCUUUGCUGAGAACUCUGAGCACCCAGCUGCCCCCACGGCGAAUGAACCCUCUUACUUGAACAGUGGCCCUGUGGUCUAUUACCAGGUGGAGCAAAGGUCAGUCUUGGGAAUGAAGGAGGAACCUAAUUCAGAAGCAUCUGAAAUUCCCCCUUCAUUUCCCAUAGAAAAGGAUUUGAGUGUCUUUUCUCUCCCUGCUACCUCAUUGGUGGCCUGUAGCCCCACAGACCCAGCUGCCCUCUGUAAACCAGAGGUGGGGAAAACACCCACUUCAGAAUCCUUACUGCCAGAAAGCUGUAACCCUGAAGGGCCUGAAUGUGAUGAUUUCCGCCCUACCUGGUCCCCACCAAGCCUUCCAUUCCACACAGACAGUGAGGAAGGCUGUGGGGUAGAGCAGGCCUCAGGUGGGGUCUGUGAUCGGGAUCAGCCUCCUAAGGACUCCUCUCUGGCACUCCCUCUGCCAGUGUGACCUGAGGGACACUGUCCCUCUCCCAAUCUCUAUUUAUUCACUUAUUUUAUCUAAUACUAUUUUAAAACAAAACUGAAAGAAGCCACUGCUGCUCCCAAGUUAUUUUGUUGGGGUCUGUGGAGAAUGGGGGUGGAGAGGAUAUGUGGGGGGUGGGGGGUGGGAGAUGGUGUUUGUACAGCUAUUUUAAAAAAAAGGAAAGACAGACACAAGGAGACCACACUCGAGCUUUUGAUCUCUCGAAGGGUCUUGGUGCACGGGGGACUGUGUUGUCUUAAAACUCUGGAGAUUUAUGGGCCAUUGAAAGGAAGAGGCAGAGAUCUGACAGGAAGGACUGGGUGACUCAAGCCACUCUUUCUGCGGGGACCAGAACACGUGAAUCUCUGAACAGCAUGACACGUAAAGUGCCCCUUCCCUUAAAUUUCCCUUCGGCUGAGGGGCCAGAUAAAAGCUUGUUUCCAUCCUUUGUUGGUCCAGCGCUUUUUAUGCAGGAGCCUGAUGAUAUUUCUGAUUUGAAUGUCACGUGGUUCCCCAUUCUGAGAGUAAAGAACCAGAACAGGCCUUCUGCUGUAGGAACCUCAGUGAUUUAUAGAAACAACACCCCUUCCCAUUUGGUUAACAGGUCAAUCUUUGAAACAUUUGACAUUCUCUGACCUACCCCCCACAGUGGAGAUCCCUGCUCCAUCACUUGAAUUAUUUUUCCCAGAGGUCCUAGAGGGGAACUCAUGUUGGGACUCUUCUGUCACUUCCAGACCCUCUCUCCUCUUUGUCUAACAAACACAUAACUCUGCUAGGAGGCUUUGGGUUAGGUCUGUCUCACUGGGGCAGCAGAACCAAGCAUUUGGGCUCUCUGCCUUCUGGAGGAGCAGUUCCUGAAUUUGUGCUUAUUUACUCAAUCAGGUUUUUCUUUGGGGAAUCCGGUGCUGUUAAUGGGGCAUAGAAUGUGGCCAGCAAGGUAUGCAGUUAAAAGUUUCUGUUCCCCUUUUUCUACCAUUGUAACACCAGCCCUUCUUGGAAUAAGCGAUCAGGGAAGAGGAGGGCCUUUACACUCCAGUCCACUGUAGGAAUUGAAUUGCAAAUGUCCACUGGGUCUAUUAGGCUUAGAUGAUACUUUUAGCUCUUUUUAAAAGCAAGAGGACAAGCCAGUUGUCAGGUGAUAUGUUAUGAGACCUCAAAUGCUGGUUCUAGAUUUGAAAGGGAGUUGGAGAUGUUUUGUAGAAUAUCUCUUGAGAUCUGCAGAGGAAAACUAAGUAAAAUGCAGCCCCUUGCUGAAGUAGAGGAUGAAAUGGCCAUUUCUGUCCCUUGUGCUCUAAGACCUGCUCCUUAGACUACCAAUGAAUCCUCCUUGUAAGUGAUAAUUACCUCUGCUUUCUUUUCUUAAAGAGGAAGAAAUAAAAACACUACUUUGGGCUCUCUUAUCCCCUGCUUCCCUAAUGUGGUUAGCAAAAAGUAAAGAAAAACAUGAAGAACAUGUGCUACACACACGAGUUUUGUCGCCUGCCUUCUUUCAGGAGCUGGUGAUUUAGAUGUAAUGUUUAUCCACAGCAUUGCAGCUGGAACCUCCUACUUUGGCUGUUAACUGAGUCUAAAGCACUUGUAUUUAAUAAUUAUGCUCAUUUCAGCCCAUUUUGCAGUUUCCUACAUUCUUAAUUUUUCCUGCCUUAUCUAACCAAGUAUGGCACUCUUUCCCUGAAGUACUGUUUCUUGCCUUGUUGCAUUUUCCCCCUAAAAGAGUUAGGCCUAGAGACUAGCCAACCUUGGGCUACCUUUACCUGGUGCCAUCAGUUUACAGGGACUGGUUACCGGUAGACUUCUUUUUCUAGAUGAGAAGGGAUCAUUCGGUAACUUCCAACGCCAGGUUAGGAGGGGCGGAUGCACAGGAUCUAGAAGAUGUUUUUCUGUCACAGAGGCAGUCCAGCCCACAUUGUACUCCAGAGCUUCUGUCUGGAAAAUCACUUCUUCAUGCAAUCCCACUUUUUUUUCCCUAAACAAACAAAACCCUCUAUUCCCAGUACAUAUUGGCCCUUCACUUUUGAUGGCUAAAUUAACUGUCUUGCUGAGCAGUGAGCCUUGUCUACCAACCAGCCCAUCUUGUCUCUGGUGCUACUUGAAUUGAACAGAACGGCUGUGGCUCAUGGUUGCUAGGCAGCUAGGUCACUCACUGACUGCAGAAGCAGAUGGCUUCCUCUCGGCUCUGUCUUUACCUAUUUUGAAGAAGUGACUUUACAACCCCCACAACGAUUCUUUUCAGAUUUCCCCACUGUAUGCAGGUAGUAUUUUCAAUGUGAAUCCAAAGCAGCUUGUCUGGUUCUUUGCAUUUGGGGAGGGAGGGGAGGUUGGGAGGGGAGGAGGGAGAACUUUUAGGUUCUUUACAUUGUGAUAAUGCUGUAUUUAAAGAAAAUAUUUAAAUGUAAAAUUAAACAAAUGCUCA